AUGGCCGUCGCUGUGGAUUCGGACAUAGACAACAGCUACGAGAUCAAAGACCUCCAACACUCGCUGCGCAGCGCCAACCUGGAAUUGAGCCUUGCACGAAGCAAGCAUUCCGUCGAAGCUGUGGUAAAAGACGAGGACAUCCGGAAGCUGCGAGUCCGCCAGUGCCUUCUCGAGGGCGACAACAGCGACCUGCAUGAGCAGCUUGAGGAAGAACAGGCCCGCGCAGACGAACUCGAACAUGCUCUGGAUGAUGCGCUCCUGAACCUCGACGAACAGAAAGCUGAAGGCGAAGCGGCGCAGAAUCAGAUUCGCACCCAGUCGCGCGAGAUUGCAAACCUCAAGGCCGAACUCAAGGCUAUGGAAAACGUCACGUCCGACUCCAACAAGAUCCUCUCCGAAAAGCUCGCACUAUCCCGCGAGAUCUCGUCCCUGCGUCCCGAAGUCGAGCACUUGCGCGCGCAGGUCGAAUCGAACCAAGGCCUACUGUCCGAGAAGCUUUCCUUACAGCGCCAAUUUACCACACUACAAGUCGAGCUCGAAAACGAGAAGCGAACAUCCGCCCGAACCAUCUCGAAGCAGGGAAAGAAAAUGGAGCAGGACGACGACUUGCGCAACGAGCUGGAGGAGGUUCGCAACGAGCUGGCCACAGAGAAGAAAGAUCGCAUCAAGGCAGAAGCAGCAGUCGCAAAGGCUGAGAAGGCUGUCGAGAAGGUGCAGGCGGACCUAGAGUCGCAGCAGCGGGCGACCGAGAAGCUCGAGGCUAAACUUGAGAAGCUUGCCAAGAAGGAUACAAAAGCGAGCAAGCGUGACGAUGCAAACGACGCCGCACUACAAGAGCUUCGUCAAGAGCUAGAUCAUGAAAAAGCUCUGCGCAUCAAGGCAGAGAAGGCGCUCAAGAAUGCCAGUUCUGAGAGUGCAGAGGUUGAACGUCUUCGCGAGGAACUUGAGCUGGAGAAGAAAGCGCGUCACAAGGAAGAGAAGGCAGCCAAGAAGAACUCUCAGCAGACGGGUCAAACUGGCAAUGCGCAGGAGGAGCUCGAGGAAGAGAAGCGUGAGCGUAAGAAGCAAGAGAAGGAGUACACCAAGACUCUAGCCGAGCUCCAGGGCCGCAAUACCGUGCUCGACGAAAAACUGAGCGCUUUCCGCGAGAAACUCCGAACCACGAAGGAGAAGCUGAAGGAGAAGGAAGCCCAGCUCGAGAAGGUAGAAAGGGCACAAACCGCACCACCCUCAAAGUCGGCUGCCGAGACGACGAAGGCUGCUAAGAACAUCCGCAAGCGCGUCGCAGCAUCUGUCGAGCCAGAGACAAACCUAGGAACGCCCGGAGACGUGCCAGCGAAGCGCUUCAAGCGCGGCACCUCCGUGUCCGCCAUGGGCGACACAUCCACCUUCUCACUAACCCCCUUCCUCAAUCGCACCGGUUCCGUAGCGCCAGGCUCGCCCAUUGCCGAAGAAGACGAAGACGCCGAAGUUGACACAGCGCCAAUCAAAGCCCCCAAACUAAAAGCCAACCCUCUCGUGCCAACCGCCUCAGUAAAAGCCAACCCCAAACCGCGCAAGAAGACAGCCCUCUCCACCGUCCUCGCCGCCGUCAGCGAAGAAGCACCCGACGCAUCGCAAACCUCGGACUCGGAAAACCCGGCGGCUCAGAAAAUCCCCCUCAACGACGCCGCCGACGCAGGCCCAACGCUCAAGACCAAAAAACUCGCCGCCGCCAAACAGAACCCCCGCAAAUCUCUCAUGUCCUUUGCCAACUUCACCGAAGAGCCCACCGCCGAGACCAAGAAGAAGAAGAAGCGCAAGCUCGGCGCCGCGACCAGCAAGGCGCUGUUCGAUGACGACGACGACGACGACGCUGUCGCUCCUUCUUCGUCGCAACCGAAACCUGUCGGGCUGGGUAUGGGGAGCGGGAAGGGUUUGUUUGCUGCGAGGGCGCUCGGCAAGAGUGUUUUGGGGAAAGUGAGCAGGCCGAUUAGCGGCGGGUUUGGCAUGUUGAGUGAGGAGGCGUUCGCGUUUAGUCCGUUGAAAAAGGAUAGGAGACGCGCGGGGGACAGUAUACUGAAGUAG